UUCUGCAGCAGCGAUAAUCAGAGUGGGCAGAGCUGCGCCUGCGACAUCCGGUGACUUUUACGCACAAAGUCAGAGACAGAAACAGCCGCGCUGACAGGUGACAUUUAACACACUGGAUACGACAUGUAAAUACGAUGGAAGUUGACGUCAGGUUUGAGACGGAAGACUUUAUUUAGGAAGUGAAAUUAGACCUAAAUGAGGAACAUGAAGGAGAACGAGAACAUGGUUCUAAAAGUCGACGUGAGCACGAACUGAGGUUACAAUGCAGGCGAAAUGGAUACGACGCAGGCUGCCGGUCUUCAUUCUCACUUUCUUCCUAAUUCUCUUUGUGGAUUUCCAACUGCGCGCCAACAACCGACCCAAACUCAGUGCGCUCCGGGCUCCGUUACCCGCUGCGGCGCUCCAUCUCCGCGACAACCGGCAGAGUCCCACCCGGGCCGGCGGCGCACCGGAGCCGCUGCCGGACAGCAGCAUCCAGAGCAGCCGUGACACCCGUGGGUCAAACGGACACCCGGUGACCCGACAGAGGCUGAGGCUGAGGCUGAGGCGGGAGGACACUUAUAUCGCCGUGAAAACCACCGGCAAGUUCCACAAGACGCGACUUGCGCUCCUUCUACAGACGUGGAUCUCCAGAACCAAAGAGCACACUUUCAUCUUCACUGAUAUGAAGGAUGAAGACUUGAGUUCACAAGGCUACAACACGGUGGUGACGGGUUGCCAGUCCGAUCACAGCCAGCAGGCUCUGUCCUGCAAGAUGUCUGCAGAGUACGACGGCUUCAUGGCCUCAGACAAGAGUUGGUUUUGUCACGUGGACGACGAUAACUACGUGAACCCCGAGGCCUUACUCUCCGUGCUCUCAGCCUUCCCCCAGGGAGAAGACAUCUACGUGGGUAAACCAAGUCUGGACAGACCAAUCACAGGUCACGAACUUCUGGACAACAAUACAACGAGGGAGGUCCACUUCUGGUUCGCCACAGGAGGAGCAGGUUUCUGUCUGAGUCGACCACUGGCGGAAAAAAUGUCUCCAUGGGCCAGCGGCACCAGGUUUGAGCAGACGUCAGCCAUCAUCCGUCUCCCCGAUGACUGCACGGUGGGCUUUAUCGUGGAGAAGAGGCUGGGCAUCUCCAUGGUCCACUGUCCGUUGUUCCACUCCCACCUGGAGAACCUGCUGCUCAUUAAUCACAGAAGCAUCCCGUAUCAGUUGACACUGAGCUACGGUAUGUUCGAGAACAAGAUGAACAGCAUCGAGGUGAAAGGAAGCUUCUCUAAAGAGGACGACCCCUCCAGGUUUAAGACCGUCCACUGCCUGUUGUAUCCCUUCACCAGCUGGUGUCCGUGAGCCACUCCACUCCGACACAGUACGACUGCUGGACCCUGGGCUGGAUGAAGUACUUCCAGUCAAAGAAUUCAGGGUAUUUCAAUGACAAAAAAAAAUACUUCAACUGUGUUUGGACCAGACGAGGAAACACGAUGUACGGAACACACAUUUGGAAAACUUGGAAUUUGGAAAAUUCCAAAACAACACAGCGUUACUGUCUUCUUCAACAGAGCGGCCAAGACCUCGUGGAUCAUCUGUCUUAGUCGGACUAACUUCUCAAUUAUAAAUAGAGCAGUGAUAGUUUUAAUUAUAUCCCUGAGUCGGCGCGUCUGUCGCUCAUUCAUUUAAAGUCGACAUCAGUGAGUUGACCUUGUGUAUAAAAACUGUUGACCUUGAAGGUCAGAAAGAGAAAAGACUGAAGUUUGAAUGAUUUAAAUUUCCUCCAUCAACGAGGCACUUAAGAUGAAAAUCUUUGGGUUUGGGGAAAAAAAAAUAAAAGAACUUUUUUGGAAUUUAACACAAA